AUGGAUAAAUCCAACAACAUGCCAACAGGACAAAAUGAUGAGACACUAACUGAGGAGAUCGAAAUGCACACUCGUCGUAGAAAUUCACGCUUACUAAUUCACGAUUCUGACGAUCUGAUAAAACCUAUUCCUAUCGUCGGUUAUGCUCAAGAAGAAAUUCUUCCACUUGCUGAAGCAUGUACACCUUUGAUUCCCAUCGUUCAUAAUAUACUGGCAUAUGUUUCGUUUGCUCUGGAACAUACUUCAGAUGAACCAGCAGAUGGUUUAACUCGUGAUGAAUCAGCUUCGAUCCGUCUUUAUACAAUAGAAUGGACUGGAGAAUACAGUAGUUUGUAUUCUAUUCUGAAUGAAACUUUAAGAACAUCUGAUCGCGAAAACUUACGACCUUGGUUUAAGUACCUCAAACUUUUUCUCAGUGCUUUGGUUAAAUUGCCGUGUGCACCUCCACAGACUGUUUGGCGUGGAGUACGAAGGAAUACCGUUGAUGAUUUUCCGAAAGGAGCUCACAUAACAUGGUGGGCUUUCUCAUCAACAACAACAUCGUUAGACCUGUUGGAAAACGAUCUUUAUUUGGGAAAAACAGGAGAAAGAACGAUUUUUUCUAUUGAAGCUAUAAAUGGCAGGGAUAUAUGUGCUCAUUCAAACUUUAACAACGAGGAAGAAAUUCUACUAUUGCCAGGAACAUAUAUGGAAGUACAAGCACAAUUAAAUCCAGCCGCUGAACUGCAUAUCAUUCAUUUGAAACAGAAGAUACCGAAAGAAUUACUACUUGAACCACCAUUCGAAGGUAUUUAG